AUCGCAAACGAUAAGCAGGGCCCCUUUUCUGCAACUGUUUACUACAAACAAACAUCAGCUGUUCAUCGCUAAUAAUUUCUUUGUUUCGCGGCCAAACAGAAAAGAAUGCUUAUAAAUAUGUCUGGGCAACGUGCUCUACCACAGUCAAAAGAAGCCCUCCUGAAAUCGUAUCAAACACGCUUGAAAGAUGAUGUUAAAAGCAUAUUAGAAAAUUUUGAAGAAACAGUUAAGCUGGCACGAGGCGAAGGCGACUCACAGCUCUCCAAAACCACUCAAUGUGAACAGGACACAUAUGAAAUGCAAGUACGAGCUGCCAAUAUAGUGCGGGCUUUUGAAUCGUUAAUGAAACUGGUUUCCGAUAUUAAACAAUAUUUAAUUUUGAACGAUUUUCAUUCGGUUAAUGAGGCCAUAGCUACCAAUUCACAAUUGUUUCGCGCUACUCAACGGGAUUGUGAUAAAAAAUUAAUGAAAUUACGCGAUGAGAUGGCUUUAGAUUUAUAUGAUUUAGAAGAAGAAUAUUAUACAAAAAUGGACCGGGUUGUGUUCGUUUUUUAAGUAAAUUGAAUUUACUUUUUGGGUUUCCUUCUUGCUGCUGCUGUUGUUGCGGUAUUUUUGUCACCACGGUUUCAAGUUUAGCUAUUCCUUUAAUGCAUUCUAGUAAAUCUUUCGAUUGCUUACUUUUAUUACUCGAAAGAGGAAUAAUCUCAAUCAAUAGCUCUCGUGCUCCAGAGAAUAAUAAAAUCUAUAGUAAAAGUUCUCCAUGUUU